AUGAUGGACAAUGUCAAGGAGCUCGCGAAUAGUGCCGCCGACAAUAUUAAAGGCGCCUAUGAGAGCACGAAGAGCGUCGUUUCUGAAAGAAUCGAUGCUUCUGAAGAGAAAAUGGAGGACGCUUCUGACGCAAUGAAAAAUCGAGCUGGACGGGCGAAAGAAGGACUCAAAGAAGGUGGAAAUGAAGUUCGAGAAGCCGCCGACCGAACGAGAGACGCCGCUAGAAACAUUUCCAACCACGCUAGUGAACUGGGGGAAGAUGUGAAACGUGCUGCCAGAGACACCGCUGAGAACACUCGUCAAGCUGCUGGCCGAACGAUGGAUCAGGCGAAGCGAGCAUGCAACUAA